GAGAUGAUCAUGGUGUCAUCUCAAUCUGACAUAAAUCGUCCUUUCGAUCAUCGUGGCUAUGAGGGAAGAGCCUGGCGAGAGUGGCAAUCAGAUGUUGAAGAACCCUCAGACUCAUUACAGGCGUCCACUUUGAUGUGCGAUCCUGAGCAACAACUCAUACUCAAUUGUUCCCUCGGACCUCAACUUUUGUUCGAGAACACGGCACAGCGGUUUUCCAUCUUGCUGGACAUGUGUGAGUCUAAUUUUGCCCAAUCAACUGCAGCGACUAAUGCAUACUUGUGCAGACGAUCUUGAGUAUUGCACCUAUCCUAUCACGGUUGACAAUGGCAUCAACCCCUUCCGCUAUCGACAAGACACUUCUGCAGGUUCACAACAUCUACUUCACGCCGUCAUUGCGCUUGCGUGCCAUCAUCGUCAGUGGCCUUCAGUGCACGAGCAUCCGCCCGCAGAGGUGACUCAGCAUCAAGGGCAAGCCGUGAAGCUUUUUCGCAAUGCCCUUGAGACGAGUGCCGCUGAUCCUCGGAGGCUGAGUAUGCUCGACACGCUUCUGGCACUUUGGUGCAUGGAUGCGACUCAGUCAGCAUUAUCCACCUGGAGGGAUCAUCUUCGAGUAGCGUACGAUCUCUUGGAGGGUGCGGGAGGAGUCAGUUCCUGGUCUCUGUCCUCGAGAGUACAAGCUCAAGUGUCAAUGUUCAUGUGGUGGGAUGGAGUCGUGGCAUUGUUGUCUCGUCGUCCGUGCAUUUUCCCGUACUCCUACCUCGAAACUGUCCUACCUUGGGAAGGUGUUCAAUCAUGGGGAUUCUUCGAUCUCAAUGGAUGCCCUCGAGAGCUUCUUGUGCCCAUGAUCCAGCUUGCGAACCUCACCGAAAGUCUUGACAGCAGUGGAAAGUUGCCUGUAUCUCUUCGAGAACUUGUUGCCGGCAUCGAAGAAAACAUUCGCAACUACAAACCAGUGGGUGGUGCACCCGCUGACGACUUUGUGGUCGACCUACCCGACGAGGAGGCCGAAGACUACUUUAAUGUGGCCACGGACUACUAUCACUGUUGCGAAGCCUUCCGUUAUGCUCUACUUCUUUACAUCCUCCGCGUUUUCAAAAGAGCUGAAGGAAUCACGAAUUACCACGCUCGACUAAGACAUUUGAGCCGGCUUGUUAUGGACCACGUCAUCUCGAUUCAAGACUCGUCUUCUAUUCGGAAACAACUUCUUCUUACCAUUUUUCUGGCUGGUGCCGAGACGAAGUUGGAUGCUCAUAGGCAUUUCAUCAGAGGUUACUGUGCAAAAUGGUACGAAGUGUAUGGGUAUCAAAUGUUUACCACGGCUCUGGAGAUUCUUGAAGAGCUCUGGAGCAACUCCGAUGCCGGUGAGACGGAGAUCUGGUGGGGCGACGUAUUGGAUGUACGACGGCGAACUGACACGAGGAAUCCAAUGAGCGAUUUCUGCUUUGGGUAGGCUUGGGACCGACCCAGAGAUCUAUAGAGACACUUGAAACUUUUAUCGUUGUCAACCCAAUGAAUGCGGCGGCUCUUCAUCCACUGGACCCUUGUCUGUUUUCGGAUCAUGCAAAUAUCCGCUGAGGAGGGUUCAAAUAAUCGCCCUACAGCAACAGAGGUCAGUCAAGUUUGGACCCUACUGGAGUUCUAGGAGAGAAGCUAGAACGUACCGGAUCGUUG